UACGUUUCUUUCAAAUUUUACACAAGUUUUUUUCAAUAAAAUGAAUAAUUAUAAACAUUUUAUUGCUGGCGUGAGUAAUGUCGUGUUAGGAGUCGUUCGUGUAAUAACCGACAACGAUGACGGUAUAAAGCCUCAAGUAGCCAGCUUUGUAAAACUUAUCGACGCCGUGAAAUACGAGGAUGGAUAUUAUCACACUUAUUAUGAUGAAAUGAAGGCAGUUGUGAAGAGUUUCAUCGUUUAUUGGAGAGAAACUAUGGAUUUAGCUGUUAAACGAGCUGAUUAUCUUUGUCACAAAGCCGAAGAAACCGUAGAUAAGGAGCUUAUGGUAUUGCACGUUGUUAAUACUAUAUGUUUAUGGAAGGACUAUGAAAAAAUUUUUUUGGAGGAAUUCUUGCCAAUAGAGUCCGAACCGCAACAAAAGAUACACGACGAUCUAACCUCAAAGUUCCGCGAGCACAUGAGCCAGCUCCACGAGAUAAAGCUGCGCGUGGAGAAGAUGGACCGCAAGGAGCAAGUCUUGGGGUUCGCGAAAGAGCAGUACGCCAAGUCUGUGGAGUCGAAGGACAAGGUGUUCCUGUACGCUCAUGAGUACUUGUCGAUGUUGCUGGCGGAUCAUCUCCCAGAAAUCAGAGGCAGUUUGAAGGAGAUCCUGAACCAGACGCGGAACAACCUGAAGCAGCUUGAGAACGAGCGCGAAAGCAAUGUCUCUGAACUCCUGAAUAAACUCUACGACAAGAACAAGGAACAGCUGAUGGUCACGCGUCGGAAGUGUUAUGGUUCCCAUUGCCUUUUAGUUGAGCUCGGUAACGACAUCGAGAAGAUUCGCGCCGAGGUCCUCAACUCCGGAAACCACGACACCAUAUGGAAGAUUACGGAGAAGCUGGAGUUGUUUGAGAAACGCUACGCGGAGUUUGAGCGCGUCGCCGACAACCUGAACACGCUGAAGACGGAGCUGGAGAGAGCGUACAGGGAAGAGAGCAUCUUUGAGUCUAGGAUGACGACAGAGUUGCCAGGCUCCAAAAACUGGUGCUGGCAGCAGAUGGGCGCAAAUUUUACUAAACGGAAGGAGGAGUUAAAGCAACUCCUGAUUAAGGCCGCUAAAGCUUUGACUACGUUCUUCAUUGUAAGAAGUGCAACUGAAGAAAGAAUGAUAUAUAAUAACGAAAUAGGACCAUAUUCUAUAGACGUAUAUGGACACAUGGUCUACCAUUUUGAUCACGGGCUAAAUAAAUAUCACUUGGAUUGCAAGGGGAACUAUAGAAAGCCUUACGUCAAGCCCGUAGCGUAUUGUGACGAAAUUGGCCGCUAUAUCCUCAGAAAUGACGAGAAGAUUUACCAAAAAGACGACUGCGCCAGUCUUUACAAGCUCGGCGAUGAUACGCUCCUCAAAAAGGUUUCGCGCGACUGCGGCCACUCUGAGAGCACCAAAGCUGAGUGCGCGAUGGGCAUCCAGGAUCAGACUGACGGCGUGAUACUGCCCGACGCACAACCUGUAGAUAUCAAACGGACGUUGAACGGCGAAGUGGUGAAAUACCUAUGGGACUCGUUGGGGUCCAUCCUGCCAGACGCGCUUUAUGAUGUGUGCCAUCAACAGCCCAAGAACCCUAUACACUAUCUGGCCCACAGUCUGCUUAAGCACAAGUACAGCAGAACUUCUGCAGAAUUACUUCAGAAGAAAAAGGAAUCCGAAUCGUAUCACGCCAAUAUACUCAAGGAGAGGGAAGAAAAAGCGAUAAAAGAGAGCGUAGCAUGGAAGGCGGUUCAGGUGACGCGCCGCAAGCCCGAAGAGUCAGACGAUUCGUACAACCAAGCCGUGCACGAUAUCUACGUCGCCACCGACAAGUUCAUCAUGUCGCUCGAUUAUUAUAACUAACUCCAGCGGUCGGCAAACCGCAGCUCUUUGGACCUGCAAUUGUGGCUCUUUACU